AUGGUAACAGCGGAUGUGGGUGGACGAGGGAAGGGGUCUGGCGGGACGGCCAACACAGGCCUUAAUAUGGGCAGCCUGAGGUGGAAACUGGUGGGACCCAGGUCUUCCGCCCUUGUGAAGGCCCUGCGCUAUUCCCGCUUAGUAGUAGCGCUGUUUGAGAGACGCAUCUUGCGCGUUUUGACGCGUCGAGAGGGUCGCGCCCUUACGCGCCAGGCGGAAGCGGGCAGCGGGUGGGUAGUGUUGUUCACAGACGGUAUGGAGAUCAAGGAAGGCAUAUCAGACGGCAUGGAGAUCAAGGCAGGCAUGUCGAGUUUAGAUCAAGGCGGGCAUGUCGAACAGUUUAGAGAUCAAGGCGGGCAUGUCGAACAAUUUAGAGAUCAAGGCGGGCAUGUCGAACAAUUUAGAGAUCAAGGCGGGCAUGUCGACAGUUUAGAGAUCAAGGCGGGCAUGUCAAUGCACCCAUCCAUAUCGAGGUGUGGAGAUCAAAUGGGCGGGCACAUCAAAGAUGUCAAAGAGGAUGAACAAACCAGCUACUCACGUACAGUAGAAUAA